GGAAACGUGUCACGCAUCCAUUAGAUCAACAUGGCGUCAAUAUUUUGCAUGAUUUUUUCAAAAAACAUCCGAAAUAUUUGGAUUAUUUUCCAAAAUUAAAAGGAAUUGACAUUGAAAAACUUAAGGACGUUCCAACAAUUCACGUGCGUGGCGGGAACAUCAUGAGCCUCCUCGACAAAACCAUUGAAGUUUUUGACACGCAAAAUGGUCAAAUCGAAAUGUCGAACCUUUGGAUAUCCUUGGCUCGCAUUCCAAAAAUCCGUCGAUUGCCUGAAAAUGUCUUCACAGAGUUCGAAGAUGUCGUUUUGGAAUAUUUCACGUCACUUCUCAGCAUGAACGAAGCUCAAAUCUGUUCUUUUCGUACGUUGUUAAAAGUCGUCACUGAGAAUACUCUAAAAGCUCGUCAAUAAUUCUCUCAAAAUCGCUUAUCAACGAGAAAAAAUUGAGAAUUUUUAAUUUUUUUUAUUAAUUUAUUUAACACAAACACGUACGAGAGUCAUUCAAGAGAUAAUAAAAUGAACACGAAAUUUUUUUUUGGAGCAGAUUUUUUUAUAAAUAGAACAUUUUUUGACAAUUCGUUGUUGUGAGUAGACGGUUGUGAAUCUUCUUCUUCGAUAUUUUUGUGAUUUUUUGUCGUAAAUUUUCGAGUAAAUUUAAGUAAAAAUGGUUCCGUCACAAAUUCAGUUGUCUGAUGAGCAAAAAAAGUUGAUAACUACAACUUGGUUGAUGAUUCGACCAAAUUUGAUGGAUCACGGUGUUCAUAUUUUUGUCGAAUUCUUCGAGAGGUUUCCUGAUAAUCAAAAAUAUUUCCCAAAGUUUGAAGGAGUUCCUAUUUCUGAAAUAAAUCAAUUUCCCGCCGUUCGCAUCCACGCCUUGAACCUCAUCAGCAUGUUCGACAAGACAAUUUCCAUGUUCGAGCUCAAAGGAGGCAUGGAAGAAAUCGCUCGCAUCUGGAACGAACUCGGGCAAACGCACAAAUCUCGCAGCUUACCACGCCAAUCAUUUCUGGAUAUGCGACAAGUCAUUCUGGACUACUUUGCUCGCGUCAUGCAACUCAGCGAGAACAACAAAAAAAGUUAUGCCACACUCAUCGAUUGGGUUUACGAAAUUUUCUUCGAACGACAAUACAACUGAGAAUU